AUGGUUCCACCUCUUAUGUUGUUAUGCAAAAAUGGUGAUCAUACCAUUGUGUUCAAGGUUGUGUCAAACUCCGCAUUGAAGGAUUUAACUGAUUUCUUAAGUUGUAAAUUGAAGAAGUUUGACAGUAGUGGUUGCAUACUGUUAUCGUACUGUUUACCUGGACAUUUGCAGUGCAUGAUUGAUAAUGAUUCUGAUUUUCAAAAUAUGUUGUCGCUUGUUUAUCCCCUUGGUGUUGACCAGGUUGAUGUGACUAUUACUGAAAUGGGCAUUUCAAAUGAAACACAUGGAGUUAGAGAAUCAAGGGACGCUAGUGGAUCCAACAUUACUGAUGAUGAAAUGGAUUUACUCCAUAUGAAUCUACAUGAUGAGCAUACUUGUGGAGCUGCAGUUCGUACUUCUAAAAACUCAAGGAUGAGUUCAAAUUUGGUUACAAGUUUGAUUGUUAAUGAAGUUCGUGGGAAUCCCCAAACUUGUCCAAUUGAUGUUGUGCGUCAAUUUACAGAUCAAUACGGGCUCACUAUUACGUACAAUCACGCCUGGUUGGGAGUUGAGAAAGCUAGGACUACUACUUUUGGAGAUUUCUCUAUGUCUCAUGAUGAGAUUCGAUGGUAUAUAGAUAUUGUGAUGAGCACAAAUACUGGUAACUAUUUGCGUCUUGACUAUAACCAUGGUUCAAGAGGUUUUUUUCCUCUUGCAAUGGCAAUUGUCGAUACGGAGACUACAAACAGUUGGGAAUGGUUUUUUAUGCAUUUGUCGAAUAUAUUGUUGGAUAAAAGACCAAUUACCUUCAUAUCUGAUCGGAACGCAGGACUUUUGGAGGCUUUACCCAAGUGCUUGAAAGAAUUACAAGAUGAGGGAAAAGGGAUCGUUUGUAGGUUUCUAUCCAAUUUUCCCUAUGACAAGUGGACUAAUGCAAAUUUUAAAGGAAAAAAAUACGGUGAAAUGCACUCGAAUGUGGCAGAGUCUUUCAAUUCAUGGAUCCAUCAAGCUCGUCAUUUGCCCACUACGAAGAUGAUUGAUUCAAUUAGGUUGAAGAUCAUGGAUUUGAUGUUGAGAAGGAGAGAACAAGCUAAGAAAUGGAAUACUUUUCUUUGUCCGGAGAUGGAUUCAACAUUAGUAAAUGCUCUUAAAAGUGGAUGA